AUGGACGAAACGAUAUCCCGAAUAGUAACUGAGAUAGAAGACCUCCGAGAUAAUCACCGUCCCGACAACCCACAACCUCUCUCCGAACAAUCCCUCUCAGAUCUCCAAAAACUCCUCAAAAACUCCCAAGCCCUAGAUGCACUCUAUGACGCCGUUUCACCUUCCCACCUCAUUCCACCCAUCGCCACCGCAAUGGACUCAUCUCCAACUCCUCACUCUCUCCUCGCUUCUCACGUCUUCCUCUCUUUUCUCCUCUCUCCGAAUGCUCCCGUUUUCACUCUCUUUACUCCCCUUUCAUUUCUCUCCUUCCUCCGUUCAAUUCGCCGCUCUUUGAAAAACAACAACUCUUCCAACAACUCUCAGCCGCGCCCCAAGCGAAAACGCAAUUCCAAAAACAAAAAAACCCCGGAAAAUGAUGAAGCUGAACCUAAUUCCACAAACUCUCAACACAAACUCGAUGUUAGGGUUUUGCUUUCUCUUUUCGAGAAGCUAGUCAGUGUUAUGUCGUUGAUUCACCUCGAUCGUUUCCCGGAAAGUCUUAAAUCGUUAAUUCAAACCAUUUCAGAGGUUCCCUUAACAGCUAUUGAAUCAUGUGGAGACGAGUUUCAGUACAGUAAAUUGGUUGCUCUAUGCUCGAGGAUUCUGAAAGAGGUUUUGAAACCGGAGCAUGGUGAGCCUUCGGAGACUGCUGCUGAGGUUUUGAAGUCACUGUCUCCUAUUGCUCCUAUGCCGAAAUCUCUAGUGAGGACUUUUGCUGUUAGUUUUGUGACAAGUCUUGCCAGGGAUUCUGUUGGUGUGAGGAAAGCUUUGGUUAAUUUUCCUAGGUAUUUGGCAAUUAAGGCACCUGAUAAAGCUGAACCUAGAGGGAUGGCUGUGGAAUUUAUCAUGGAGGUUGUUAAGGUUAUGGAAUUGGAGGAUCAAAUUGGGUUUGUCAAGUAUGUUGUGAAGAUUACUCAAGGAAAAGGAAAUCUAAGGCUUUUGGGGGUUGAUCUUAUUUUGAAAUUGUUAACUACGUUGAAGGAUCCUUUAGGAGUGAAUUCCAUGGAGGAAGAAGAAAAAGAAGGGAAAGAGGCGUGGGGAAUGUGGUGUUUGGAGGCGUUGGUAAAGCGUUGUUCGGAUGUUAGUGCUAUGACUCGAGCUCGGGCAAUUUCGAAUUUGGCGCAGGUUGUUGGGCUUCUAUCAGGUAGUGAUAGGGCUACUGUGGUUUUAAAAAAGUUUAUGGGUUUUGGUGAUGGGAAUGAUGUGAGUGUGGGAGGAAAGGGAAUCAAUGAGCUGCUGAGGAGAAGGUGUGUGGAUGAGAAGGCGGUUGUGAGAAAAGCUGCUCUUUUGCUUGUUACUAAAUUGACUGCUCUGCUUGGCGGUGCUAUUGAUGAAGUGGUGCUUAAGACAAUGGGAAUGGCUUGUUCCGAUUCACUCUCUAGCAUCCGGAAAGCGGCCGUUGAAGCUCUUUCUGAGGCAUUCAAAACAUUCUCAGCUGAAACGGUAAUAACUGAGUGGCUACACUCGGUUCCUCGUCAAAUAGCUGAUAAUGAGACUAGCAUCCAAGAAGAAUGUGAGAAUGUGUUUGAAGAACUUGUUCUGGAUCGAAUAUCUAGAGGCACAACUUCUUCUUCUUCAUAUGUUGGAUCUACAUCUGGUAGCAAAGAGAUAGAAAAAGGUGUAGACGAAGAGAUGGCAACGUCUUUCCCUCAAGGGAUUCUGUAUCUCCUGAGAGAGAUUUGCAAUGGGGAGGUGAGUCCAUGGGUUAAAAAAAUUUGCACAAAUCUGGGCAAAAAGAAACGCUUGAAACACAAAAUUGUUACUGCACUUCAGAAUAUAAUCAAGGUGUCUGAGUCUAUCUGGCUGAAACAUAGCAUGCCAAUAGAAAAGUGGACUGCCCCACCAGGUGCUUGGUUUCUUUUAUCAGAGGUGUCAGUAUUCCUUCCCAAAGCAGUGGACUGGGAUUUUCUUCAUCAUCAUUGGCAGCUUCUUGACAAACAUAAAGUGAAAGGUGAGUUUCAAAGUCCAUUUGUACAGAAAAAUGCAAAUGGAGAAGAAGAAAGCAUAGAAUGCAAUGAUGUUGCCUGGGCUAGUGACCGAGUUUUCCUAUUGCAAACAAUCUCUAAUGUUUCUAUCGAGCUGCCAGAUGAACCUGCUGCUGGUUUGGCUCACAACUUGCUCAAACGGGUUGAAAAAUUCAACAUGCAUUCAACUGAGGUUGAUGCUCAUGUAAAAGCACUUAAAACAUUGUGCAAGCGAAAAGCUUCAAGUGACAUGGAGGCAGAAGUAUUAGUCUUGAGAUGCGUACACCAAGUUUUGUCCAGAGCUUCUCAAAUAAUAGAAACUUUUAUAUCAGAUAAUUCAGAGCAAGAUGCAGAAACUGGCUUCUUUACUCCACCUCGAAGUGGGCCUAGUAAAGGUAGGAAAUCAGUACGAAAGCGCAAAUCAUUGUCAAAAGCAAUCACGGCAAUUUAUACAAUUGGAUCUUUAGUUAUUGUCUGCCCAUCUGCUGAUAUGAGUGCUGUAACUCCAUUACUGCACACUAUCAUCACCUCUGGGAAUUCAGGCCCGAAAUUAAAUAAGCUACCAGGCCCUGCAACCACUCUACAACAAGAAGCUCCUUCUUUUUAUAUUCAAGGGUGGCUGGCCAUGGGCAAACUUUGCCUUGCUGAUGGGAAGCUUGCAAAGAACUAUAUUCCUCUGUUUGUGCAGGAGCUUGAAAAGAGCGAUGCUGCAGCUCUUCGCAAUAAUAUUGUGGUCAUGAUGGCAGACUUCUGUGUUCGGUAUACUGCUCUUAUUGAUGGUUAUAUAACCAAGAUCACAAGGUGUCUCUUAGAUCCCUGUGAACUUGUGAGAAGGCAAACGUUCAUAUUGCUAUCCAGACUGUUGCAGAGGGACUAUGUGAAGUGGAGAGGAGUGCUAUUUCUUCGUUUCCUUUUGUCACUUGUUGAUGAAUCAGAGAAGAUUAGGCAGCUAGCAGAUUUUCUCUUUGGAAAUAUUUUGAAAGUCAAGGCUCCUCUCUUAGCAUAUAAUAGUUUUGUUGAGGCUGUUUUCGUUUUGAAUGACUGUCAUGGCCAUAUUGGACAUCGCGAGUCUGGCGAAUCACGAAAGGACAGCCAACUUUUCUCCAUCAGGGGUGCUGAUGAAAAAUCAAGGUCUAGAAGAAUGCAUAUUUAUGUUUCUCUACUAAAGCAAAUGGCUCCGGAGCAUCUUCUCGCAACCUUUGCCAAGUUAUGUGCAGAAAUUCUAGCUGCAGCUUCUGAUGGUAUGCUUAAUAUUGAAGAUGCAACGGGACAGUCUGUUCUACAGGAUACUUUUCAAAUUCUUGGCUGUAAGGAGAUACGCAUUCAAGCUACUCGUGGAUCAUCUGAGUCGGCAGACUUAGAAGAAGAAGGGGGAGAAAAUGGAUCUUCAACUAGAAAGUCUAUAACUCAGGCAGUCAAGAAGGGCCUCAUUCAAAACACCAUACCCAUCUUCAUAGAGUUGAAACGUCUACUGGAAACCAAGAACAGUCCCCUCAUAGGAUCUCUCAUGGAAUGCCUUCGGGUCCUUCUCAAGGACUACAAGAAUGAGAUCGAUGACAUAUUGGUUGCUGAUAAACAGCUGCAGAAAGAGCUGAUCUAUGACAUGCAGAAAUAUGAAGCAGAAAGAGCUAAAGCAACAGUUGCUGAGGCUGUAGCUUCCAUGCCAAAACCAGGUGCAAAUCAAUCACCUGAUGAUUCUAAGAAUCUGGCCAAGGAACAAGGACAAACACAUGAACAAAAUGAGGACAAGGACCAGUUCCCAAGUGGUUCAAGAAUUGCUUCGGCAAUGGCAGAUGCUGCAGCUGCAGCAACAGCUCGUUCUGUGCUCAAGGAAAUCAACAAGGGGGCAGUGACACCACAGCUUAGUUCUUUGAAUGUUCCGAAAGUCAAGUCUUUUACAGGUGAAUGCAUAGCUAGAGAUGAUAAGCGUUUGGAUGUCAUAAAGUCUUUGAAGAAAAAACAUGCUUUUGAUUCAGAUGACGAAAACUAA